GGCUGAAGGUCUUCCAUGCACGUUUGAUGGCUACAAGAACCACCUGCAGGGGAUCUGCCGCAUUAGCGUCGGCCUAGUCGGGACCAUCAUCCCAGCUUAAGUAGAAAUGCGGUCGGGCGGGGACUAAACAGCGAGACGCGAGGAUGGGGACGCUGACAUAGGAACAGUAUAAAGAGGAAGGAUUCAGCUGCAGUGUUUUGCUGGUGUGGAUGCUACUGGCUCUUCAUCACGCAUCGGUCUCAAUCCUUCUCUCUAUUUUGUCUUUUUUACAAUGCACGUUCUCAUUAUUGGUGGUGCUCUUAGUGGGCUCAGCUUGGCCCAGAUGCUGCGCAAGCAUGGCAUCUCAUUUACAGUCUUUGAAAGAGACGAGACGCCCGAUUCUCGCUUCCAAGGCUGGGCAAUUGCUCUUCAUAGCAUUCUGGGAGAUCUCAAGGCCUCGUUUCCAGACGACAUGCCCGACAUGCUCAGGGCAACAUCCCAUCUUGCGCCGCUGGAUCUGCCUGCCCAAAUGGCCUUUUACGUAGACGACCACAGCGGCCGUACUGGUGCCGAACACUCCGAAGAGGUGCCCUGGGUGCGAUGCGAACGCCGUCGUCUGCGCGACUGGCUGAGUACCAAGAUCCCCGUCCAGUGGAACAAGCGCAUGUCCUCAAUGAAGGAAGAUGACUCUGGUGUGACUGUCUACUUCGAAGACGGCACCUCUGCUCGCGGCGACAUUGUCGUUGGCGCUGAUGGCUUCAACAGCGCUGUGCGCCGCUCCCUUCUGGGGAAACCUCUUGAGGACCUCGUCAACCUCGUCCCCUUUACCAAUAUCAUUGGCGAGGUGACGCUCUCAGGCGCCGCAUUUGAGCGACAGCUCUCUCUCGGUCACAGUGCAUACCGCUAUGGACCGACAGAUAGCAACUAUGUCCUCUUUGUCGGCCUACACUGCGUACUCCCGGACGGCCUCUCGGGCAAAUAUUACUGGAUCCUUGGCGAACGCGACACUACCGCUGGAUGUGCAGACCACUGGCUGCGCACGGCAACGCCGCAGCAAAAGCUAGAUUACAUCAUGGAGCUAACGAAGAAUGCACCACCCAAGUUACGUGAGAUCCUCGAGUUGACACCCGUUAGCGGCAUACAGGCCGAGUUCAAGCCCUGGCGGGAUAUGGAGCUCGAGAGCUUGCCAACUGGACGAGUUGCGCUAGUGGGCGAUGCAGCACACACAAUGACACCGUUUCGCGGUGAGGGCGGCAUGUUUGCGCUGAUUGAUUCUCUGGAUCUAGGAAAGCGCCUAGCUGGUGCAAAGAGCGAGGAUAUCGUCGGUCUUGUCAGGGAGUAUCAUGAUGAGAUGCUCGCCAGGUCGGGACCUGCGGUGCGUAGAAGCAGAGGCGCAACGGGUAAACCGGAUGGCGGUACGCUGCCGACGUAUGGAGGAAGAAUCCCGACAGAGCUGCCACCAGAGACCAUUUCGCUGGCUACUGUGAAGCGGCUGGUGUACUAG